GGACACUGCAAGUCUCGAAGGGAAUGGGAUGGGAAGGGGAUGGGAAACGAAACGGCGGCCACUGUGUCCACUUUUCCCCUUCAUUAUCAGGAGCCCGUCGUUCUUAGCUGUAAGCAUGACUUCUGAGCUGACCACCAAAAAAGACCAUUCCUCCACGGGGCUAGAGCACCAAGGGGACCCAUUGUUUCGUAAGUUCUAUACGACUCCAGGGCACGUGUUUUUUUUAUUGAUUUCGCAUCGAUUUUUGAACAGUCCCAACGUUGGCGUGCAUCAUUGUACAAUAUGUUGGUGACAGCCCUCAAUGCAACACAGUUGUACGAACAAAAUAAACUGCCGUUUUAUACAUUUCCUGUGCAUCGACAAAUGGACAAAGGCUACCGUUGACAAACCCAUUGCUUUUAUUGACAAGGUGUUCACCAACAAUGCUUCUGUUUGGCCUGAGAGAUUGGCGCUUGUGGCAAUAGACGGAAAAUCUGAUCCUUAACUUUCUGGACUAUUGACAUCUGCAUGGCACCAGCAAAUGUACGAAAACUGGCCCAGGAGGCCUGCGACUCUCAUACUCUGGAAAGACUGAAUUGACAGCUUCUCUUUGUUACCUGGCAACGACUUCCCAAACUGCAUGUGCAAGGCGCGGAGAACGUGCGGCUACUUUUGAGACAGCGGCGUCAUACUCAGCGGCGGAUGGGGGGGUUCAAACAUCCGCUCUGAAGCAAAAAAGGGUUUUUUUAAAUGGGAAAAAUAAUAAAACAUUACAAAAGUGUAUACAGGUAAUUGCAACAGUAUCAUUGUAAACAGUGUAUGUCAUGUUAUGUUUCAUCAUCGUUUCCUCUUGUCUGCAAAAAUGAGACGUUAACACAAAUCUCCGGCCCGACCCCCACUGGAAGAAUUCCUGGAUCCACCCUGCAUAACAAACGGUUUAAUUUAGGGAAUUAAUUUUUGUGUAUGAAAAAGAAAAAAAUCAUGGUUCCUAAGGCACUGCCCUACCAAAACUAGUGCACCAUGACCCAGCUUCACAAAGACCCGUCAAACUAAAGGGCCAAGGGACACCCUCGAAUACAGCUUUUGACUUUAUCAUCAAUGAAAAUUAAUGGGUUUCUUUUGGGAUAUCCUUGGGUGUAGAAACAGCAACAAGCUUGAAAAAAAAACUUUCGAGGCCUCUUCCUAUUUGGAAACUGAAAUGGCAUGAAAUAGCCUACAGGGUUUACCGCAGGAGUUUUCUAGUCAUGAACUUGGCUGUGUUUUUCUGCGCGCGAAGCCUAACUGUCCAGCUCGACUGAUUUUGUGAUAAAUGUGCCAACACAAUGAUUUCAGUUUCGAGGAAUGGAAAAUGGUGGAUUUUAUAAAACGCACGUUAGCACCAUUCCUCGUAUUGCAUCUUCGUGCCUUCGAAUCACAUUGGCGGUUUAGCAAAUACACAUUGGCACUCUAAUUGGAUUGCAUAUUAUGGCCUGAGUGAUACACCACUACAGAUAAGUGUUUGGCUAUUACGGAGAACGUUUGCCGGCAUAUCCGUUUAUCGAUGUAGCGAUGCGCGCCGUCCUGUCCUGAUGAGGAGGCCUGACCGAAAAGGAAUUCCUGACUACAUAUACGAUAUCCGACUCGUAAGCCACGUGUCACUGCUCGUUGCAGCUAAUUAGAACAGACGCUAUUUGAGAAACAAUUAUAAACAGCCGGUUAGUAAGCGAUACUGUUUGCCCUGGAAGAUGUUUUUCUACCGCUGUAGAUUCUCAAGGCUACGAAGGACGGAUUCCAUCCACGAUGUCCCUUAAUUACGAUGCGCUGCAAGCACGCAGUAAAAUGGCCUCAUCAUUCUUGCAUUUCGUCCAGGCUACCACUACCACUGAAAAAUCCUUCUCUAAAUAUUUUUGAGGUUUGGAAUUGUCCUUGAUAUCCAUGACCACAAUAUGGUUAAGUUGGGUGUUUCUUUAUGCAGAAACGCUGUUGCGAGCAAUUUUUUGCCUACACUAGUAAACGGCUACUGAAUGCAGCCCGAAAAGGGCGCAAACUGGAAUCAUGCCACGAACGUUCGAUUCGGAGACAAGCAGACAGCCUUUAGUAAACCGAAAGUGUGUGGCUGUGGAUAAUCUCAAACGAUUGGCUGACUGUCUUUUAAUUGGGGGCUUUGCGUAUUAGUAUUCCAUUCAAUGUGAGCUGAGAGAGGGAGAGAGCGCGCGUUUGCAUCCAUAUAGUCACCGCCUUCCGUGCCAAGACAACAAUCUCGAGUAUGUUUGGCGAGAGCGUCGAAUUUCCGACGAUGCUCGAGGGGCACUCGAAGACGAAGCUGUCCCCCAGCGUGUGCUGGCCCCAUUGAGAACUCCUCCGGAGAACAAAAAUUCAGGUCCCUCCUCGUCCACCAUCCUAUAUGCACUCCCCUGGAGCACUGUGGACUUUUCACCGGAUGGCAGCUCCCCGACUAAUGGAUCCAUACUGUCGAUCAGGGGAUUAGUUACACCGGCAAUCGAUUUUCCUAUAGUCACGGAACAAGACAGGCGGAGAUGGUACAUAAGCCUUGUCGUACUGGUACACAGUCCACAGGAUUUCUUUCGGGAUGGGAGAACUCGCAGGUCGGCUCCAGAGACAAAUUGAAGUUGUGUACAGUGUCUAUUGUCUGUAGACCAAAAUACACACUCUCCAACGAAUUACUUUACAUGCGGAUGGCUCUGGGCAUAAGGGAGACAAGAAUGUUGCCAGUGGUGAGUGAAAAAUAACUAGCAGGCCCUCUGAAGAGUUGAGCACGCGAUACACCUGGGGUAGACAGAAAAGUCUUCAUUGCACCACGGGGAUGUCAUCUGACGUGAUGGAACGCGGCAGUGCUGCCCAUGCGGCCGACAGUCAAGUCACUCGUGGUAACAAAAUAAUCUUCCCUUCGGAAACCACGUUUCAGAGACUUCGGCAAACCCCGGUACUGAAUGCAGGUUAUAAGUAGGCGUCUAUCGUCAUAAUUUACCCGUGCGUUAUUAUCAUUUUUCUGCGUGAUCUGUAACGCCAGUGAACAAGAGUACAUGUACCUGCAUUUUUCUGUAUUCCUUCCCAUCGACGUCAAAUGUCUCCAAUAAAUAGGCCAUGUCAGUAGUGCAGAGGCUAGUUUAUCGCCAGUGUUGGGAUUCCACCAUCCACGGAUGUAAAACCCGGUUAAUCAUCUUCUGUCGCGACAGCCCCCUCUGCAGAAAAUAUCUGCAAGGGCAGAGUCACCUCUGACAGAAUAACAGCUGUGUGUUGGGGGGGUGCGUUCCCCCCGCCUAUUACCUGAACCGCCGCCACAAAGCAAAAGCAGCUGAGAGAGAGGAAAAAAUGCCAAACACGCCACAGCAUGACGGCUGGCUUUUCUGUACUGUCCAAACAGGAACGUCACUUAAGAGCCUAGCCUUCCCAUGAUUUAGGCAUCUGAUGCUCCCUGGUGGAGGAGGAAACCCACAGCAUUGGGUUGCAGGUUUAAUCGAGAGAAUCCACCAGGUGCUGACUGAUAUAUUCUCAGGAUAAUCUCAGUCCUGCCCACGGAGCCAUCGGCCCAAUUAGCAAAAAACCAGUGGCCGAUGAUCUACUCGAGAGAUUGCAGGAUGAAAUAUCCCCGGCCCCAGUACUAGUUUCCUGUUGCCGACCCUCCGAGAUACACUAAUGUAGCCAACUCUGGCUAAAACUAUAUCCAUUUAAUUGGACGAGCGGCAUUCAUGUCGUGCGAGUAAACUCCCGCGGUUGAUCCAGCGACGUUUAUACUUUGAUGACCGGUCGAUGAAUGAGGAAUACACGCUCCAUAGUGAGACGAUGUUCUUCUCUGUCUCUCUCUUGGAUCGCAUCAAUUCCUUCCUCUCAUUUCCUCCCCUCUAAUGACAUCACACCAUCAACGGAGCACUCAUCGCAUUGACUGCUUUUCCAUACGGGACUGGAACAUGCUGUAAGUCCAGCGACAGGAUCCAGCCCAAGCAGUCACACUUGUGUCAGUCAUGGAUCGCCGAACGGGACUAAACGCAGGAUUAAUACUGCCGUUUCUCCCGGAAUGCCCCCACUGAGCGAUAUUGCAGUAUCGUCCGCAACCCGCAAUGACUGGACCGCGGCAGGAGAGCCGCCGCCUAGGCAGGACUCGAUCCGCGCCAUUCUCGCAGAUGUCUGGUCUAGAGAUAGAGAAAGGCCUGAGAUGCUGUAAUGCCAUCAUUAGAAUUGUUCUUGUUUUCCUAUUGGUGCUAGUUCUCACGUGCUGUGGACAGGAUGGCGCGGAUGACGGCCCUCGUCAAAUCUUCCCGUACCCCGGAGAGUACGACUCGGCCACGUAUUGCGAAUAUGUCUUUGAUGCUCAGUAUCUCAUGUACUACGACAAUUACUUCGUCGGCGAUCCUUUUAGCCCAUUCCUGUACUCACCCCAGAUGCAGUGCCUAUUCUUUUUUGAAGCGGGAGAGAACGAGGUUGUGGAAGUGACGUUUGAUCCAGACUUCGAGAUCGAGCUUAGCGAUGAUUGCAAGUACGAUUACUUGGAGAUACGAGACGGGCGGUUUGGCUUCUCGCCGCUGAUCGGCCGGAUAUGUGGGAAUCAGUCCCCGGGCAAAAUCACCUCGAGUGGCCGCUACCUCUGGAUGUUGUUCGAGACAGACGACGAGCUGGAAUAUAGCGGAUUUUACGCAACAUUUAGGUUUAUUCCAGCUCCGACGCGAUCAACUCCAGAACCUCAAGAGUGUUUCUUCCAUCUGUCUGGUUCAUAUGACGGAGAGUUUACCAUCAAAAUGGGCACCGACUUGGUACGAAAGGAAGACGCGCAUGCCCCUAUGGACUGCACAUGGCAGAUCGACAUGCCCGAGGAUAACAAGAUCCUGAUCACGUUCCCGCUCUUUGAGUUGAGCAGUGUCAAUGAUUGCGAGGAAAAUCGCCUCAUAAUUUAUGACAAAUACAGCACGGCCAAGUGGAUGAUGCGUGAAUACUGCAGCACCAAUGCUCCUGCUGCUAUGGCCAUCAGCAAUCGCAUGUUCAUUCGCUUUAUUGCGUCCAAUCGCAGCUCCUACAACCAGGUUGAGAUGAUGUACACUGCAUACACAGACAAACCAUGCCUUGAAGAGGGUAUGAUUGUCUGCGGACCUUAUAUGUGCUUGAACAAGUCGCUGAAGUGCAAUGGAAGACAGAACUGCUGGAAUUAUCCAUUUGAUGAAGAGGGAUGCAAUAAUGACCAAAAGGGUAGCACAAAAACGGUGAACACAGCGCUGGCCGUCACCAUGGGGAUCAUUCUGACUGUCACCCUGAUCGUGGUCGUCGUGACCUGUCGGCAUUCCUGUCUCAGAACGCGCGAGAAGGCCAAGGCCAUGGCUAGCCGACGCAAGAUGCUCAACCAGCAAGUGCAGAUCCUGAUGGACGGCGAGAACGUGGAGAUGAACUCUCUUGGUGAAAGGCAAAGCAGUGCAAACGGCAAGUACCCCGGCUCCAGGACGGGCAGUAUCGCUGAUGGAGUCCCACGCACAACCCGGUUGUCCAGCUCCAGCCACGAAUUCCCCAUGACGGCCUCCCAGCUCAAAGACUAUGAGAGGAUCAUGGAUAGUGAGCUGGGCUUUGAGCCCCGCCAGAAGAGGACUAGUCUAAUGGAACCAGAAUCUCCCUGGGUGCGGGCUAACCAGUACAAUGAGUCCUUUCGCCGGAGCUCAGCCAACCCCCUGCAUCCCGGCAAGGAAGUCAAGGUCCAGUUUUGACCGUGGUUGGAGGCUCACCCCACCAAGGGUGACAAAAUAAACUUGGCUGAGUGAUGCUGAGACUGCACUCCCAGCAAAGACACAGUGAGCUUGUGCAUUUUCAGACAAAAGCGUGAUGUGUGAUUUCUGUGCCAUAAUGCCGGCAAACAAGAGUGUGCCCAUGGUGUGCUGGUGCCCAUGAAACAUCAUUGUUACGUGCUACAGCACCCUCGGAGUUUGUAAACACCACUUUUAUAAAGUCACAAGUAAAGACUUGGGCCACGUUACAUAGCAUGAACGCAGAGUCCUUCGUAGACUUUGUACAUCAGUGUGUAGUAUAUUUUGUUAUGUUGGAACGGUAAUGAUUACUACUACCUACACUGUUGUACAAUCUAUUACUCAAUAUUAAUCUGAAAUGUCUCUUCCCAUGUGGUUUGAUAAAAUAUGACCGGUCACAGUGUGACAGCAUUGAAGACGGCAGGCAAUGACUUUCAUCUGAAGCCAUAAGGUUCUUAACUAGUUAGGGCAAAGAGUAAGAAUGCCAUGAAUGUAGAUAGGUCAACAUGUACUCCAUGCCAAUGAUUUUUACUCUUCAAGACCAUCUGGCUGUUCAAGCAGGGUCAGGUUUUGGCAUAGCCAAGUGGAAUAAACAGGUGCAAUGAGGCAUGAAGACAAACAUUGGUUCCACAAUCAGACACAUUUCAUCAUGCAGCAGAGAAGAGGAUAAGAUAGUGACAUCACUGGAUCCAUAUUAGUUGAGUCACGAAGACCCAGCGAAAUGUGGCAAAUUUACUUGAGGAAACUGGCCGACAUUUACUAUACUAUCCAGGUUUGAUGGCAACAUACGAUUGGCUUUGCUCCAGGGUAAGAUGAGCCUCAACUCCCAGCCCCAGGCAGUGAUACUACUUGGCAGCCCAUGUGGCAAGACUUAAAGGGUGGCUGCAAUUAAUUUUUCUUAGACACAAUUUUUAAGUAGCUUCGUACUCUUCUUCAAUGUAUGAACUCUCUUUUACACUUUCAUUAGAUUAAACGCACUGAAAAGUGCAAUUUUUAAAACACUUCAAAUUAUCCAUGCUUUCCCGGAACAACUGAGGGAGCUGUUGCUGUGUCAUCCAGGGAAGACAUAGUUCAAUGCAUAGGCUUAUCUAUUGAAAUCGUGAACCCAGAAUUUACUUACUGAAAGCACUGGUGCUCACUUAUUGCUAUGCACAUAAAAAACAAUGAAUC